AACCACUAGUUCAUAUGACGUGAAAGCAACUUUCAACUGACUUAACUCAGUGCGGAGAGAGAUUAAGAAUUUCACCACUUGCAUAAUCAUCCUCCAUGAAUAAAAUCAGCAAAGAAAAACCAGAAUUCUGAAAUCAGAUAAAACAAUUACAACUGGAGAAAGAAACAAGUUUCGGUUAUCCAUGGCUAAAGAUAACUCUGUCGGUGUUGAAUCUCCACGGCGAAGGUCUGGUCUUCUGAGAGAUCAAGUUCAAUUAUUAAAGAAAAGGGAUUCUGAUCGGUUUGAGAUUGUCCCAAUUCAAGAUGCCUUGUCGUUUGAGAAGGGUUUCUUUAUUGUGAUCCGGGCAUGCCAAUUAUUGGCACAAAAAAAUGAAGACCUAAUAUUGGUAGGAGUAGCAGGUCCUUCUGGGGCUGGGAAGACUGCAUUUACUGAGAAGAUUCUCAAUUUCAUGCCCAGCAUUGCUGUUAUUUCCAUGGACAACUACAAUGAUGCUAGCCGCAUUAUUGAUGGGAACUUCGACGAUCCGCGCUUGACAGACUAUGAUACACUGCUUGAGAAUAUCCGUGGUCUAAAAGAGGGGAAACCAGUUGAGGUGCCAAUAUAUGACUUCAAGUCUAGCAGCCGAACAGGAUACAGGACAGUUGAGGUCCCAAGCUCUCGGAUUUUGAUUAUUGAAGGCAUUUAUGCUCUGAGUGAAAAGUUGCGACCGUUGCUAGACCUUCGAGUCUCAAUCACUGGUGGGGUUCACUUCGAUCUCGUUAAACGUGUUUUACGGGAUAUACAACGUGCAGGCCAAGAACCAGAAGAAAUAAUCCAUCAAAUCUCUGAAACGGUGUAUCCAAUGUACAAGGCUUUUAUUGAACCAGAUCUGCAAACAGCACAUAUAAAAAUAACCAACAAAUUCAAUCCAUUCACAGGGUUCCAGAAUCCCACUUAUGUUUUAAAGUCGCGAAAGACUCUUACUGUUGAUCAAAUCAAAGCCGUGAUUCCUGAAGUGCAUACAGAAACCACCGAAGAAACGUAUGAUAUUUAUCUUCUUCCACCGGGUGAAGAUCCUGAAGCUUGUCAAUCGUACCUGCGCAUGCGAAACAGAGAUGGGAAAUACAACCUGAUGUUUGAGGAAUGGGUUACCGAUAGUCCAUUCAUAAUAUCACCACGAAUAUCUUUUGAAGUAAGUGUGCGGCUUCUUGGUGGAUUAAUGGCCUUGGGUUACACUAUAGCAGCCAUACUUAAAAGGCAUAGUAGUGUUUUCUUCAGUGAAAAGGUCUGUCUGAAGAUGGAUUGGUUAGAACAACUAAAUCGUCACUACGUUCAGGUGCAAGGUAAAGACCGUUUAUACGUGAACAUGGUGGCAGAGCAUCUAGGUUUGGGAGGUUCAUAUGUUCCUCGCACAUACAUUGAACAGAUUCAAUUCGAAAAGCUUGUAAAUGAAGUUAUGGCACUGCCUGAGGAUCUGAAGUCAAAACUCAUUGAGGAGGAUUUCGCUUCAUCACCGAAAGAAGCUAUUUCACGACUAUCAACAGACACGGCUGCAACGAGAAACACAAAUGCUAAGAGCGGCGUGUCACAAUCAUAUUCUGCACUUCGGGAGAGGAGUCAAUCCAAGUUGGCUAAACUUUCAGUUCACAAUUUAAGCUUCAAUGCUAGACAGCCAGAUUCACCAGCUCUACAUGCAAACCAGGGCGUGAUUACUCAACUUUCUGAGCAAAUUACCACUCUUCAUGAGAGGUUGGAUGAGUUCACAUCCCGAAUGGAAGAGCUGAAUUCGAGGUUGACAACUGAGAAAGCUUCUUUAAGCCAACAAAACUUGUCCCUGCAAGCUGAAGCUUGCAAUGGAUCUGCACCUCACCUCAUGCCUGGUUUAGGCAAUGGUUCUCAUUUACCCAAAUCCUCAUCUUCGUCUCAGUUAGUGAAGGACUCUCCGUUGAUGGAAGAGAUCAACACCAUUGUACGAGGGCAACAUCAGGUAAUGCACCAAUUAGACAAUCUCAGUAACUUUCUUCGUGAGAGUUUGACUGAGAGGUCAGACCAAGGCAGAACGAACAGCAGUGGUGGACUUGCUGAUUUUGAAUUUGUCGGGGUUCCUCUUGUUCUCACAUUGGCGAUUGCUGGUGUAGGAAUCUUCUUGUUCAAGAGCUUAUCUUCCUAAAACGGAUUCCAUGGGUGAUUUUUCAGCUCUAUUUGAAAAUGUACAGCUUUUACAUUUGUGUCUGCUCGUAAAUUUGGUUUUGAUAUUAAUAAAUGAAGCAAUACUAAAUAUCAAGGCAAAUAAUGGUUCUUAAAGAGCAUGUAUAAUGAAAUGGAUUGGGUUCAUAUUUUGAUUAGAAAAGAAGAGUUGUUUAUUUAAUUAGUUUCAUCACAGAACCCCUUUGAUGAAGCUAAUCAAAAUGCUUGUUGGCUAAACAGA